GAGAAAAGAAUCGAUAGUGAGAAGACCGCAAGGGAUGGAAAAGAAAACAUUGGGAGACGAUCAUUUAAGAUAAGCUCCCAGGUUUUCAAAAAAAAAAAAAAAAAAAAAAGAUAAGCUCCCAAAUUGUAUGGUAACCACUCAUCAUUCCUUUUUAUUUUUCUUCUCUUUUUCCAUACUUAAUUUCCGCCAUUAUCGAAAACCUUCAAUCCUCAUCUUCUUCUCUCCUCCAUGUUAGGAGUAAGAUUCCCUUUCCAUUCGUUAUCCUCCUCAAUCUCACAUCCCUCCGAUUUCCUCUUCUUCAAUCAACUCAACAAUGUCCCCAAUUAUUCCCAUCCCUCCAAAUCCAAAUUCAAACUCAAACACCCACGUUCUCACCAUUUCAACAUCAUCAAAUCACUUCAAGAAGAUUCUAAACCAUCCCCAGAAAAAUCAAAGCUUAGAACCCUUUUCCCAGGUGGGUAUAAACGGCCCGAGAUUAAAGUUCCUAAUAUAGUGCUUCAAUUGAAUGCUGCUGAGGUUUUGAGUGAUGGGUCGGUAGUUGAUUUUGUGGAUUUAGCUGUUGCGGAAUGGGUUGGAAUUGUGGUUAUUAAUGGCGGCGAAGAAAGUGGUGGGAAAUUGUACGAAGCUGCUUGUUUGUUGAAAUCUGUCAUUAGGGAUCGUGCUUAUUUGUUGGUUGCUGAACGUGUUGAUAUUGCUGCUGCUGUUAAUGCUAGUGGAGUUUUGUUGUCUAAUCAAGGUCUUCCCCCCAUUGUUGCAAGAAAUACAUUGAUGAGUUCAAAGUCCGAGUCUAUAGUCCUUCCUGUUGUAGGAAGAACAGUGCAGACAGUGAAUGCUGCACUUCAGGCUUCCAGUGCAGAAGGCGCUGAUUUUUUAGUUUAUACAAGUACUGUUCUUGCUGAACAAGAAGAACCCAUCUCCGCCAACCUCUUUAUGAAUUCCAUUUACGAGAAUGUCAAGAUUCCAGUCUUCAUUGAAAUGGGAUUCUUGACAGAUUUUGAUCAAGUAUCAAAGGUGCUUAUGUCCGGUGCAUGUGGCGUGUCUGUUUCAUUGGAGGAGCUAAAGUCUAAUGGUGAUGCUCUUAGUAAAAUUUUAUAUGAUCAAAGUAGCCAGGAGGAAGUUGCAGCCAUAGAUAAGCUCAACAGCAACAUCUCUACUAAUGGUAUUCCUGACAUGGGUUUAUCUAGCUUUGUCGAAAUUGAAGACAGAGAAGUGCAGUUCAUACGCAAGGAGAAGCAGUUGUUAGUUGAAGCAGUUAAUGCUAUUGAGAAGGCUGCGCCACUGAUGGAGGAAAUUUCGCUUCUCAAUGAUGCUAUCUCCCAACUUGAUGAGCCUUUUUUGCUGGUCAUAGUGGGUGAGUUCAACUCUGGAAAAUCAUCUGUCAUCAACGCGCUCCUUGGUGGAAAAUUUGUGACGGAGGGGGUAGUUCCCACCACCAAUGAGAUUACAUUCUUACGCUAUGCUGACUUAGAUGCUAAGGAACAGCAAUGCUGUGAAAGGCUUCCAGAUGGUCAAUAUAUCUGCUACCUACCGGCCGAAAUUCUAAAAAAGAUGGUUAUUGUUGAUACACCUGGAACUAAUGUCAUCCUUCAAAGGCAGCAGCGCCUCACUGAGGAAUUUGUGCCUCGAGCUGAUUUACUUCUUUUUGUUCUUUCUGCUGAUCGCCCAUUAAGUGAGAGUGAGGUUGCAUUCCUACGCUACACGCAACAGUGGAAGAAAAACGUGGUGUUCUUGUUGAAUAAAGCUGAUAUGUACAGGAAUGUCAGUGAGCUUGAUGAAGCCGUCACAUUUGUAAGAGAAAAUGUGCGGAAGUUGCUGAAUGUUGAAAAUGUAAAGUUAUUUCCUGUAUCUGCUCGAUCUGCUCUUGAAAGGAAACUCGGAACCAGCGAUUAUGAAAUGCAGCAAAAGAAUCUCGUGGUGUCUGAAUUCUACUCAAGUUCUCGAGCUUUUGAUGCAUUUGAAAAUUUCUUAUAUGACUUGAUGGAUGGUUCAACCACUGCUGGCCUCGAGAGGAUGAAAAUUAAGCUUCAAACACCUAUAGCAAUUGCAGAGCGACUUUUAUCUUCCUGUCAAACACUGGUCACACAGGACAGCAGGUAUGCCCAGAAGGACCUGAUGUCAGUGAGGGAACGAGUUCACAGUGUUGGGGAGUAUGGGAUGAAAAUGGAAAGUGAGAGCGUUUCAUGGAGGCGGCAAAUAAUCUCACUGAUUGGAAGUGCAAAAGGACGUAUGUUAAAAGUUGUUGAAUCUACCCUUAAGCUCUCAAAUUUGGAUCUAGCUUUCUCCAUGUUUCUUGGAAGUGACAAAUCUGCUUCAACUGCCGCUCAGAGUAUUCAAAAUGAUAUUGUUAGUCCGGCAUUAGCUGAUACUCAAAGAAUUCUCGGCGAGUAUACUUCCUGGUUAAAAGAGAACAACAUACGUGAAGGUAUGCAGUACAAGGAGACGUUUGAGAAAAGAUGGCCUUUACUCGUUGACUCUCAUGAGGUAGAGUUUACCACAAAUUAUCUGUCGAGGGAAGUUGAUAUUCAGAGCGUAAGAUCUAUAGAGAAGUUUAGCGCUGCUGCAGCCUCGAAAUGGUUAGACCAAGAAAUCCGUGAAGUGUUCUUUGGAGCUUUUGGAGGUCUCGGGGCUGCCGGCUUAUCUGCGUCACUACUCACAUCAGUGCUACCAACUACGUUGGAAGACCUUCUUGCCCUCGGACUUUGUUCUGCUGGCGGUUUGUUGGCCAUCUCAAAUUUUCCAGCUCGUAGGCAACAAGUUAUCGACAAAGUGAAAAGCAUCGCCGAUGCUGUAGAACAAGAAGUUAUAGAAGCUAUGCAGAAGGAUCUGUCGAUCACAGUCAAGAAAUUGGAAAAGUACGUAUCUCUGCUUGGAAAACCGUACGAGGACGCUGCUCAACAGAGAUUAGACAAGUCACUGGACACUCGAGAACAAUUGACUGUUAUCGAGAAAAAACUCCAAACGUUACAAGUCGAGCUUCAAAAUAUCCACUUAUCCUAAGCCGUUUGGGAGCACACUCUUUCUACCGAAGGCGAUACGAGUGAGGAAUUAUUGCAUGGGUAUAUAACAUAAAACUGCCAAGUUAUGUGCCUGGUCAGACGAGUAGAUGGCCGCCCGCCCGGCCGGUGGGUUUUUUUCAUUCUUCUUGAUAGUUUGAUCUUAAUUGUGUUUCUUGGCUUAGCUUAAUAAAUAUUUUUUGUGUGCCUUUGAUUUUUAUUACACUUUUUAUUUUUGAUUGUAUAAUAUCCCAACUUAUAAGAUGUAAGAAUAUUUAAAGAUUUUUUUAUUCAACCCAAAUUUCUCGUAAA